ACGCUAUUGAAAGGAACUAUGAGAGUGAAGUACAUGACAGCAAUGACAAAAGGAACUAAUAUCAAACCUAAUGAAAUCGCUCACGAGGACAUAGAGCUUAACAAGUACUUUGUGGAGUAUCUUAUAAGUGAAGAGUAUGUAAGACCUUACUUCAUGUUUGACAGCAUGAAUGAGGAUGUUAUUUCAUGGUUAAAGAAUAUAAGCAAUGUUUUCGGUAAGUACGUCAUAGAUGACAAAGGUCUUGUUGUAUUUUAUGAGACAGCAAUACGAACACAGGAACUAAUGGAUAUUAUGCACUCAACAGCAAAGAAAGGAUUUAGUACUAUUGGCAUGAAUGAACAUUGCAGGAAUGACAUAUACAACCUAUGCUCACGAAAGCCUUACACAAAAGCAAUACAAAUGAUAGAACAUAAGUGUCUAAGGUCAGCAAAUGAAAUCAUUACUGUCAGUGGUUAUGAAAGAACUGUUAGCAAAGAUGAGUGGAAACAGCUAUUCAUAUUAAGGAAGGACGUUGCUGAACUAGUUAAACCUGUUGCACAAACAUUGUUUCAGAUAAGACCAGCAAUGACUAAGAACCCUUUGACCUUAGUCAAUGAGACCAUAGAGGUUGAAGAUAAUGACAUGAAAGAACUAGGAAUGAAUGAGAGAAGUUGUGAAGGAUGUUUGAGUCAAAACACAUGGUUCUUCAGAGCUGUUAAGAAACUUAGUAAAGAACGACAGAAAUAUUUUAUAGAGAAGUAUUGCAAAGGAUGUGUAAAUGAAUUGCUUGAAAUAGAACUUAGAGACACUUUCACACUAAAGGACUUGAGAAAAAUAAGUACAUGA